UGCAUUCAUAAAACCUCAGAAACUUCUCUCUGUUUCUCACUCUCUCCCCCUCUCUCUCUCUCUCUCUCCCUCCGCCAUGGGUGAGCAAACACAGGCCCAAACGCAGAUCCAACCCCAACCCCAACAAUCUCAGCCGCCUCUUCGUUCUCAGGAAGAAACCAUUGCUGAAUCCAAAGCUACCCCCGUUGCUAGCCUUUCUGACCCCACAAUUCCCACCAAUCUUCCCCACAACCCCUCUGUUUCCUCCAAAAUCCCCGUUCGCCCCCACAAACUCCGGAAACUCUCCUCCUCCGCCACCGAUACGCCGGAAGACAAGCCUCCGCAACCGUCCGCUGGCGAUUCGUCCAAAGCUCUCGUCGUCUCCAACGUCUCAGCCGCGAAUGAUGCCGCCGCCGCCUCCAGGAACAGGAGACGGAGUGGUGGGCAAUCGGCAAGGGCUUUGCCCUACGUCUUGAAGCCGUUGUCGGCGGAAGGCGAAAUCGAUGUCGCUCUUCACCAUCUCCGCACCGUCGAUCCGCUUCUUGUCCCCUUGAUCGAUUCCCUCCCGGCGCCUGCGUUCGAGGCUCACCACCCUCCCUUCGUUGCCCUAACCAGAAGCAUUCUGUACCAGCAGCUUGCGUACAAGGCCGGCACUUCAAUCUACACUCGCUUCGUCGAGCUAUGCGGCGGCGAGGACCGAGUCCUCCCCGAGACAGUCCUGGCCCUCUCAGCACAGCAGCUUCGGCAAAUUGGAGUGUCCGCUAGAAAGGCCACCUACCUUUUCGAUCUGGCUAACAAAUACAAUACUGGCAUUUUGUCUGAUAAUUCGAUUGUGGGAAUGGAUGAUAAGUCUCUGUUCACCAUGCUCUCAAUGGUGAAAGGGAUUGGAUCUUGGUCUGUACACAUGUUCAUGAUCUUUUCGCUGCACAGACCGGACGUCUUGCCAGUCAGCGAUGUCGGUGUUAGGAAGGGCGUGCAGAUUCUGCAUGGUCUAGAAGAUGUACCAAGGCCGUCGCAGAUGGAACAACUUUGUGAGAAGUGGAGGCCUUAUAGGUCUGUGGGAUCGUGGUAUAUGUGGAGAUUAAUCGACGGAAAAGGGAAUCCACAAGCCGGAGCUGCGUUAACUUUGGAAGGUAUCGUGCCAUUGCAGCAACAAAUGGGUCAGCAAGAAGAGACACAACAACAGCAUCAAUUGCAGCUUUUGGAACCCAUUGGUGGCACUGCAAACUUCGGGGGAACAAUGAUAAUGGAGGGAAAAGAGUUUCUUACGACACUCCAUUCCUUCGGUUAACCUGAAGAGACCCGGAAUUCUCAGCAAGGAAAAGGAGAAAUUCUUGACGAAUGUGAUUCACAGAAGUUGGAGAUCCAAUUUUCCGGGCCCCUGCCCUUGUAAUAUAGCUUUCUUGGAUUUGUAAGAGGAAUGUUUGUCUGUGAGCUAGUUAUUUAGGUGUUUCUCUGGUCUCAGAAGCAUGGCUAUUGCUUAGGUAGGGGACUAAUUGUAAUAAAAGGUGCUUUCAUCUAAUUGCUUGCGCUAAGCUCCUGACUAUGGGGAUUAGGGAAUCAGAGUCAAUGUAUCGUAUUGAUUCAGAGGCUGCAUUGAUCUGCAGGAAGCUUUAUCUGGCGCAUAUAUCCUUAAUCCUCUGGCUCUGGUGAGCUAAUACUUUUACCGCAA